CUGCUGGGAGCGCCCGGCCUGCACUGGCCGCCAGCCACCGAGAGGAGGAGCAGAGGAUCCUCGGAGCGCAAUAAAACGGCGGCUCGGCCCGAGCCCGCAGCAAACACAGCCAUAGAAGGCAGCGGAGGAGCCGAGCCGGGCUGCGCUCGCUCGCCGCCCCCCAGCCUCUUUCUUCUCUGCCGGGUGCACUGCCCUGCGCCGUCCCCUCGCCGCUGCGCCCUUUGACAAAGAGGACAGAAAGUUUGCGCGGGGGAGCGGGCCAGGUGAGGAGGGGCGUGCCCGGCGCCCCAGCCCGCGCCCCAGCAGCCGGACCCAGGCCCCCAGCGCGCCCGCCAUGGGCGCCGCGGCCCGCAGCCUCCGGCUGGCGCUCGGCCUCCUGCUGCUGGCCACGCUGCUGCGCCCGGCCGACGCCUGCAGCUGCUCCCCGGUGCACCCGCAACAGGCGUUUUGCAAUGCAGACGUAGUGAUCAGGGCCAAAGCAGUGAGCGAGAAGGAGGUGGAUUCCGGGAAUGACAUCUACGGCAACCCCAUCAAGAGGAUUCAAUAUGAGAUCAAGCAGAUAAAGAUGUUCAAAGGACCUGAUAAAGACAUCGAGUUUAUCUACACGGCCCCCUCCUCAGCAGUGUGCGGGGUCUCGCUGGACGUUGGAGGAAAGAAGGAAUAUCUAAUUGCAGGAAAGGCCGAAGGAGGUGGCAAGAUGCACAUUACCCUCUGUGACUUCAUUGUGCCCUGGGACACGCUGAGCAUCACCCAGAAGAAGAGCUUAAACCACAGGUACCAGAUGGGCUGUGAGUGCAAGAUCACUCGCUGUCCCAUGAUCCCAUGCUACAUCUCCUCCCCGGAUGAGUGCCUCUGGAUGGACUGGGUCACAGAGAAGAGCAUCAAUGGGCACCAGGCCAAGUUCUUUGCCUGCAUCAAGAGAAGUGAUGGUUCUUGUGCGUGGUACCGCGGGGCGGCACCCCCCAAGCAGGAGUUUCUUGACAUCGAGGACCCGUAAGAAGGCUGACAGAGCCCCUGCAGCCAAUUGAAAAGCCUCUGAGGGUUUAGACUGGUCCAGCUUUGACAUCCCUUCCUGGAAACAGCAUGAAUAAAACAUCAAUCAUCCAA